CUCUUCUGCAUCCGCCAGGCCAUUGGUGCGGCUGCUAAAUCCCAGCAACUGCUCCCGCUGCCUCCUCCCCUUUGUGUCUCCACAAAGGACUCAUCAGUGAAUGAACUGAAUCAAGCGUUAGCUGUGGCGAUAGUAGGAGCCUCUCCCUGCCGUUCUGUAUCACUGGAAGAGCCAAGCACAAUCACACUCUGCACGGCACUGAAGGCUACAUCCGCUCUCCUGGAUCAAGCUUUUGUUCCUAAACCAUGCAUCGUUGGAUCAGAAAUAAAACUCAGAGCAAAGUAACACCGUCUGAACUGUGAAGCAAUAUCUUUUAUUCUUUGUUUUUGAUCAUUUUUACCUUUUUCUCUUAAAAAGAUAUACCUUGUCUCUUGAUCAACUAUCUUGGGAGUUAAACAACCCCGUCCCCCUCCUCCAAAAAAAAAAAAAAAAAAAAAAUUGCAAGAAGUUGGAAUUUGGAAACUUUGGAGCGCAAUAAACCAUUGAGGGUAUAUAGUGGUCUUGGAACGAACGCCCGUGUGGAAAUUUCUCUCUUGCGUUGGUGCUGUGAAAGUCCGUCAAGACGCCGCGUGCCGUGCUCCGCGUGAAGAAUGCCCAGGCGAGGUUGGCCAAGCCGGCGCCUGAGCCGGCCCCCACACCGGGGCUCUACAUGGAGAGGUCCCAGAGCCGCAUCAGCCUCUCCGCCUCCUUCGAAGCCCUAGCUAUCUACUUCCCCUGCAUGAACUCUUUUGAUGAGGAUGACGUUGAUGCAGAGGGGCGCAGGCUGAAGGGGACGAUCCAGCGAAGCACGGAGACCGGGCUGGCGGUGGAGAUGCCCAGCCGCACCGUCCGGCAGGCCAGCCACGAGUCCAUCGAGGACAGCAUGAACAGCUACGGCUCGGAGGGAAAUCUUAAUUAUAGUGGGAUGUGCCUGGCCUCUGAUGCCCAGUUCAGUGACUUUCUCGAUGGGAUGGGCCCAGCUCAGUUUGUGGGGCGACAGACUUUGGCAACAACGUCCAUGGGUGAUGUGGAGAUUGGCCUGAUGGAGAGAAAUAGCCAACUGGAGGUGGAAAUCAUUCAAGCCAGAGGGCUAACGCUAAAGCCUGGAUCUAAAGGACCUCCAGCUGCUUAUAUAAAAGUGUAUCUACUUGAAAACGGAAUCUGCAUUGCCAAAAAGAAGACCAAGUCUGUGAGAAAAUCCUUGGAUCCACUUUAUAACCAGGUCUUGGUCUUCUCAGAGAGUCCUCAGGGGAAGGUUGUACAGGUAAUCGUUUGGGGGAACUACGGACGAAUGGAUCGCAAAUGUUUCAUGGGCGUGGCUCGCAUCUUACUGGAGGAGCUGGAUUUGUCGAACAUGGUGAUUGGCUGGUACAAGCUUUUCCCCACCUCCUCCAUGGUGGACCCCACGAUGGCGCCUCUGAUUCGCCACUCCUCCCAGCUGUCACUGGAGAGCACAGUGGGACCCUGUUGUGACCGCUCCUAAUAGCAACGGGUGCAGACUCACCUUUUUUGUACCUUUUUUCUUUGUGUGCGUCCCUCCUGCCCAGGGUCCCUCGGACCUCAGAGCGCUGUCUGCAUGACGUCAGUUCCCGGCUCUGAAGCGGAGGGCAGGUGAUGAUGGCAUUGUAUUGUUUCUGCUAGGAAGGUCAUGAAAAGGGGGGCAGGGACACAGAAGGACCGGGACACUUUAGCAGUGGACACGUGGCCCGAACUCUGACUACCACCCGAUUUAUAUUCUUGGCCUGGGCUUUGCUUAAGGCCCCCGGGGUGAAGCUCGCAGUCUCAUUGGUGUAAUACCUCACAGUGGUCUCAUUGGAGGAUCAAUAUCUGCCUUGGAGAUUACCGUAAAGAUCACUGGCUCGAGAGCACGUGACUUAAAAAUGUUUCUGCCACACUGUAGGGCGUGUGCAAUAUUGAAGCGAUAACUGGUAUUCCAACAAGUAAAGCUAUAAAAAAAGUCUAAAUAUCCUAUGUUACACAAAGCAGAUCACGGUUUCCUACAGUCACAGGAGUAGGCUGUGACAAAAGCAGGCUUGGGUGCUGGAUCUGUGUUUAGUUUUGCCGUUGUGUCUGAAACACUGGUCAAGAAGAACCACGGAUGUUUGUCUUUGAAGCUUGGCUCGCCCUUGGAUUUUUUUUUUUUACUGUGCCAAUUUACCAGCAAGUGUCUUUACUUUGUGGCUUGUGCCAUUGUUCAGUGAAUAGG